UCCGCGGAGCAGUGAUCAGCUCCCGGGAGAGAGAGAUGAGGAGCAGAGCCGGGACUGCACCAUGCCAGCCGGCCUCCGCCUAUCCCUGGCCGCCCUGUGCCUGCACCUUCUGCUGCUGCCUGCCGAUGCCUACUUCGGACUAACAAGCAAGGAGUCCCUCUCUCACUACACAGCGCCAUCUUCUGCGACUGGCAGCAUCCACAGCCGACCCCACCUAAAACAGUGUGAUCUACUGCCUUUGACCCGCCGCCAAAAGAGACUGUGCAGGAAGGAACCUGGCCUGGCAGAGGCGCUAAAGGAAGCUGUACGACUAGGCAUUGUGGAGUGCCAAUUCCAACUGCGCAGCGAACGCUGGAACUGCAGCCUGCAGGGAAGGGGCGGCCUCCUGAAAAGAGGAUUUAAAGAGACAGCAUUCCUGUAUGCAGUGUCGGCUGCCGCAUUGACUCACUCGCUGGCCAAGGCCUGCAGCGGAGGAAAGAUGGAGCGCUGUACAUGUGAUGACUCUCCCGGCCUGGAGAGUCAGCGGGCUUGGCAGUGGGGGGUGUGUGGGGACAACCUGCGACACAGCACGCGUUUUCUGCAGAACUUUUUGGGCCAAAAAAAGGGGGGAAGAGACACAAGAGCCAAAGUGGACUUACACAAUACUCACACAGGCAUUAAGGCUGUAAAGAGUGGGUUAAAGACAACGUGCAAGUGUCAUGGAGUUUCUGGGUCAUGUGCAGUACGCACCUGCUGGAAACAGCUUUCCCCAUUCCAUGAGACAGGAGCUCUGCUCAAAGCAAAGUAUGACCAUGCCGUCAAAGUCCUGGGAGCAACAAAUGAGGCAGUUGGGGGCCACGAGUCCCUAGGACAUUCGUUUGCUGGCCGUGCUAUUCGCUCUACAGAUCUGGUUUAUUUGGAGGACUCUCCAAGCUUCUGCCGUACCAGUCGCUUUUCUCCUGGGACUUCAGGCAGAGUGUGCUCAAGAGAGACCACGUGUGACAGUCUGUGUUGUGGUAGAGGGUACAACACCCAAAGCCGAAUGGUCACUUUUUCCUGCCACUGUCAAGUACACUGGUGCUGCCACGUGGAGUGUCAGAAGUGCGUUCAGCAGCAGGACACCUAUACAUGCAAACAAUAAUGGCAACAUGGACAAUGCGAAGAAUAAUAAACUGCAAAAGGGGCUCCUUCUGUCCCUUAUCCAUGAGACGAAAUUGUGCACAUUAAGGGGUACAUCAUGGGACUUAAGACUACGUGAACUGAAGAAAAAAUACUGGAUGAUGUCACGGAUCUCAAUACUUUGAUAUGGGGUAUACUUCAUUCAGUGUUCAACUAUAUUUAAAAUUAUCACUAUGCAGAGAUAUUUAUUCCACAUGCCAAACAGCCACUGCCUCUUAAAUAGACGUUUGAGCACUGCCCAAUAUAUGCUGCAACAUUUGAUGUCAGCUUUGCAAUUAACUUUUAUCCUUGGUAUUUUGCAUUGAUUAGUUUUGCUUAAUUAGUACCAUUCAAUACUAGUCACGUGAUUGGUUCUACCUAAAUUGGGAGCAGCUAAAACCGGUCACAUGAUUGGUUAAAAAUCAAUGGCUGCACAUGGCCACAGAUUUAAUUUCUACCUGCAAAUAACUUAACCAUAACCACAAAAAGGAAAAUCCUAAUUUAUGUAGACCACCAAGCACGCAACAUUUUCUGUACAUAAAUGUCUUAAUUUACUUGUAAAUGUUUUGUAGAGAUGUACAAAAGUGGACUUUUCACUAUGCCGCUGUAAAUAUAAGCAGAUUUGAAUCUCUAUGGUGACUGCGUGUGUCGAGAGAUAUGGUCAUGUCUCACAAUACCCAAGAUGUAAUAUUCAAUCUGUAUUUUAUUAUAAGCAUGCAAAUGUAUCCUGACACAAGGAGUCUCCAUAGAGAUAAAGUGAAAUAUUUGGGGACCAUCAUUGGAGGGAGAAAUUCUAUGACCAAGCAAUGUGGAUUCUGUACCAGGGUACACAUGCCUUCAUAUGUUUAACUCUACCGAGAGCCUGCUUACAUCUUAUAGGUGUGCCCAAUUUUGCCUCCCCCCCCAAAAAACUUCAUGCCCUGCCCUCCCCACAUUUGUCCUUGAUCUGUUUUGACCACUGACCAUAAAUAAUUUCUUCUGAUAAAAAGAAUGGUUUCAGAAAAUGCCAAUAGCAAGUGUUGAUCUAAAACUUGCAGGGGUCUCCAACUGGUGGCCCUCCAGCUGUUGCGGAACCACAAGUCCCAUCCAUGCCUCUAUGUGAGGAAGUUAUGUUUGUAACUGUCAGCCUUGCAACGCCUCAUGGGACUUGUAGUUUUGCAACAGCUGGAGGGCCGCCAGUUUGAGACCCCUGAUCUAAAGCAACUGUCCUCAGCCAACAUAUUAUACUUGCCUGCCCUGUGCAGUGAAAGCCCUGAUCCUCCUCUUCUCGGGUCCCUCUUCAGUACUUCUGGCCCCUCCCUCCUG